UUAUACUGUUGCCCCCAACUAGGUCGUCGGUCUGCAACUGAACCAGUGGCGGCGACAGGCGGCGCGCUGUGGACAUGACUACGUACUAUGAACCUUAUGUAGAUGACGCCGAGUUCGCAGAGUUCAUGGCGGAGCUGCGUCUGUGGCGAAAGGAGGUUCGAUGGUGUGUACAGCGACUUCAGGACGAAGGCACAAAGUACACGAUCGAGUUGACUGGUCCGGCGUUGGGCGCAGCGUUCGUGCGCGAGGCCAAUGGGCUGUACGUCGUGGCCGACACGAAUAAGUCAGUGGUACACGGUCGAGGUCGGUUUCAGAUGGAGAAGGGCGACUACCUCGUGAGCAUGAACAAGACGAACUUGACCAUGGAGGACUUGAUGGUGUCGGACGUGACGACGCGGAUUCAAAAGCUUCCGCGACCAGCCCAGCUUCAGUUUGUGCGGUUGCGAAAGAAGCCCAACAGUGAAGCGCAGCAGCGCCUCCGUCGCAUCCAGCAGCUUGUGAACGCGCUGGACACGCGCCGCCAUGGCUUGCGCAACCGCGCGUCCGAGUACAAACUCAGCGUGCUCGAAGAGGACGUGAUCAAGACGAUCUUAGAGCGUCAGAAAGAAAUCCUAGAGUUUGUCACGAAGCGGGUGGCGGGGCUUCGGAAAGGCGUCGACCUGUCUCGUGAAAUCCGGCUCAUGGACAAGACCAAGGUGUGGAUGGCGCUGCAGCUGCAGAAACCGCUGCCGAUCGCCCAUUCGUCGCUUGUCCGCCCGCCGACCUCCGCGACUGCACCGGCCGUCGUCCCGCCCUCCCCGAGGUCCUCCCACAACUCGUCGAUGUCGUCGGCACUAUCGCGCAACCUGUCGUGGGUGCUGGACUUUCCCACCGUGGACCUCAAGUGGCUAGGUCAGGAGAAGGAGAAGAACUUGAACGCGAUUCUCAACUGGUACGAAGCCGCGCUGCAGCAGGACGUGACGACCCCCGUCGCCAAAGUGUUUGCUGAGCAGAUCACAAAAGCGCUGGUGCGGCACUGGGUCGACCUACGCUUCAGCAACGCCGGCGAAGCACCGCAAAAGUUUCGCCGCAGUUUCCUCGACCAUGCGCGGCAGCUCCGGUCGAAUCUAGCGUCGAAUGCCGAGUUGCGUGCAGACAUUACCACAGAAGUGAUCACCCCCGAGGCACUCAUGACCAUGUCCAAGGACGACUUGGCGUCUCCGCAGUUGUUUCAGGAGCGGCAGCAGCAGCAGCAGUCGGCGAUGCGCCAAGUGAUCUUGCAACCAUUGGAGGGCAGCCUCCUGAUCAAGACCCGCGACGGGUUUCGGGAGGUGGUCGUACCCGGCGCCGCCGUGCCGUCUGACGCGGCGAUGGUCGCUGCCUCUUCAGAGACGAAUCCAGACGCUGACUUGUUGUCGUUCAAAGACCCGAUCCCACCCCCCUUUGACACGAGGUCCACCUCGAUCAUCUCUGCCAAGAAGGCCCCAACGUUGACCGCGACUUCAACGGCAGCAACGCAAACCACCAACCGACCCCCCCCCCCUCCAAAGCCACCAGCGUUUUCCGCCGUGCCUGGGCGUCCUCGACCACCCCCCACUGCUGCAUCGACGCCAUCAACUACCCCUCGACCAGACAUGUUGUCGAGAAAAAGCCAGACCACACCUCCUGUGAACGUUGCGUCGUUGAAACGGCAGCGGUCGCAAGACACACACUCGUUCGAGCAUGCCUCGUCCAAGAAAGGAACCAUGAAACGAGCGCGCAGCACCGACGACGUCGGCCCCCACUCGACUUAUCCGUCCCUCAAGCCAACGACUGCCGCCGCCACAUCGUCGUCGUCAUCCCAUCCAAGACUGGCGGUGCCCACGCCUUGGAAAGUGAACGCCCCCGUCGUGCCCCCGGCGGCCGCACUUGCCAUGGACAUGUCGACGUCACCCAACUUGACGCAAGCGAUGGAAAUCCAACAGACGCGCGAGUUUAUCCGACGGAUUUUCACCCAUCGCAAGAGCUUGACGGAGAAUGUGGCGGCAUUUGUGCGGGGGGGCAACAUUCUCGGCCAGCAAUCUGUCGCCCCCGACAUUAUCGCCAAGACGGAACACAUUUCGAUCCCGGGCAUGGGGGGCGUGGUCCGAAUUCACAUUGGGGUGUACACUGUCCAAUCAGAAGCGGAAAAAGGCGCGCCGUACGGCAAAGUCAAAGAGAAUGGCGUGAGGGCGUUCGAAGCAUCCGUCGAGAGUUUGCACCGGUCGUUCUCGCGCAUCGUGGGCCGGUUUGCCAGUCGGCGGCGCGACAUGGGGCUGUCGCUGACGGAGGCGGCGGUCGACUUGGUGCUGACGUUUCCCGAUUUGGCAAGUGUCUAAUAAUAUCCAUAUAUAUAUAUAUGAUGCUGAUAUGGUUGGUAUAUAGGUCGCGCACGACACGCAACCGCGCCCCAAGGAGUUUAUUUGUACGUGGAAGGUGAACGGAGUGUUGGUCGCGAGGCAAGCGCACGCCGACGAACACGUUGCCCAAACGUGUGGCUGGCACAGCUUUGGCACGUUUUUGGAGUCGAUGGUGACUCUAGUUCGUACAAACGACGACUCCACGACUCCUCCAGAGUUGCCGACGAUCGGCCCGAGGGUGAUCAAGCCAGCCAUCCGGACAGGUACCCACCUGUCCGGAUGAUGCAUGCCACUGGAAUUUGUGUACAGUACAUAUUUCUCACCCGAAUCCUGUGUUGAUGAAGCAGAGGUCCUAUCCACCAAGGACUCGAGAUAAUACUGCGCGACUGUAAAUACACAAAGCCUGGCGAGGGCUUGCCCCUACGUUUCAAGUGUUCCUUUUUUGUAUGUACAUUUGGGAAUAUGAUAUUGUU